CACAGUACACACAGUACAUACACAAAUUCCACACGAAAAGCAAAUCAGAUUCCAAGUCGGAUCAUCCCCACUGGAAGGAAUAAGAAGAGGAAGAAGAAGAGGAGGGAGCCGCAAAAGCAGGAAGCCUACUACUAUUAUUAUUAUCAUCACUGUGAUUGGCAAGGAGCAAAUAAUGGCAACAACAAUCGCUUCUGCUGCUGCUGUUGGUGGCACUCCCGUUCGUCGCGCCGGUGCACGCGCCACAGCCGGUGUCCAACGACGUCGGGUGGUCAAGAAGCACAUACAACAGAAGUAUAUGCUCUGCGGCUUUGCCAUACACGCCUUUCUGGCAACGCCGGCAUACUUGUAUGGCAACGUGGUCGAAUCGGACAAGGAUCUAGUGCUGCGCAUUUGGCCAGCGAUCGUCUAUCAGGCAACUGGCGAGCUAUGCCGCUCCAUUUUGGAGCAUCUGAACACAGAGUACAGCGGACGAUCGUGCGAGACGAAUCAAUAUAGACGAAUGUUUCUGCUGGCCACGCUGAUUGCAUGUCUAUCGCUGAUGAUCAGCGGCAUAUUCUUCUCAUCCGCCUGGGUGGUUGUCACCACCACCACUCAAACCGUUGCGAUUGUCUUCUACGGCUGCUUUGCUGGUAUUGGCUCCAGCCUGUAUCUGUGGAAGACGCACGUCAUACUGGAGGCAGUGCGUCCGCGCGAGGACAAGUAUGUGCGCAAAACAAUACAUCUGUGUGGUGAGGCCUUCUGCCAGCUAUUCCUCUCAUUCGUCUUCACCAGCCUGCGGACAUUGUAUGGGACCGCACAGUCGAUAGUCCUGAUGUCGGCGAUGCUGGUAAACCUGAUACCAUUGAGCCUUAUCAUUACCAAGCGUCGCGAGGAUGCCUUCACCACCAAGCGCAUAUCGGUGAUCAAGGCGGAGACCGGUUUCGGUGCGCUGCCAUUGCGUGGUGCACUGGCGGCCAACUUUGUAGCCGAUCAACUGGAUGGACUCGAUACGAUGGCGAUUUCAUGGCGUAAUCCGACAACAGAGAUAACGGGCACUACUCAAUCCGGCUCAUCGGGGCCAGUGGCAGCUGUGGCCGCCGCUGUCCUCGAUACGCACAGCAAUUAUAUGCUGGCCACGGAUGAAGCAUAUGUCACCUACAUGAAUCCCAAUGGCGUUGAGAUAAUGGAGAUCAUACCCGAAGAAGAUGAAACAGUCUCCAUAAUGCGUUCCAGCAAUGCCACCAUCGAUAAUUACAACAUUACACAGUCACAAGUGCUCCACAAGUCACAUUCAAAUGGUCGACUCUAUCCGCAGAAUCCAAUAAAUCCCCCCGGUACCGGCAGCUCAUCACCCCUGCCCGAAGCGUACGCGAAUCUGCAUCGCAUCCGCCGCAUGUCCCGGGCGGUGACAUCGCAUUUGUGGUGGAAUCUACUGGAUAAGAUCGCGAUGCCAUUGCAGCAGGCGCUGUUGGUGCCGCAGCUAUAUGCGAGCACGCUCCUGCUCUCCGCGGACAUCUUCAGCUAUGUUAUGUGCCUGACUGUGCUGCCCGGAUUGGCGGUUAGCCAUCAUGCGUUGAAAAAUGCUGAAAUACCAUUCCUCUUCUCGCUGCUGGCCUUUCCAUGGAUGUGCUUCUCGCUGAUGACACCGCGCUUCGGUUCGAGCCUGUACAAGCGUAAGCUACAGUGGUACACAUUGGGCAGCAUCUGCAAGUGUAUGGCGCUGAUUUUUAUUAGUUUCUCCACGUCGAAGUUACUGUUGAGCGUUUCAGCUGUGCUAUUGGGCUUUGGCCAGGUAGUCACCGCCUUUCUGCAGGAGAUGGUCUUCCAGUUGGGCAUGACGCGGGCCAAUUGGACGGCGAUACGACGGCCCGUCCACUUCACAAAUGGCCUGCUGAUACUCAUUUGGGGAGCCCUCGCCCAUUGGGUCGUUGUGCACUACUCGUUUCAGGCAACUGUUGGUUUGGCGGGCGCCUUGUACGGCGCCACAACAUUACUGUGGAAUUUUUUGUUUUUCUGUUGCCAGAGCAAUGAUUAGCAGAUUAACAAGCAUGUCUUUUUUUAAGUGGUGAAAUAAAGAAUUUAUAAACUCUGUAGCAUAGGCGCUGCGAAUGUAAUC